UCACUUCCGGGUAUGUCAGGUGGUCGCGAUGGCGCCAAAAAGGAAAUAAGCGGAGAAACAUGAUGGUGUCAGAGAAAGUGACGGAGAGAAUCCGCAGGUUCGUGUGCGAUCAACUCCGGAAUCAACCAGACCUGAGCACACUGACCUUGGGAAUUUUAAAAAAACGAUAUCUGGUGCUGGUGGGACUCGAAUCACUAAGUCCAGAGGACAGAAAUUACAUGAAGCAGGUGGUUGAAGAGGAACUGUCGAAAAUGCAGGAGAUUGAUGAAAAUGGAGUUGAGCCGGAGACCGAGAAGCCCCACAACAAAAGGAAGAGAGAAAAGGAAAAUGAUGAUGAUGAGGAGGAGAGUGGGAUAGAAGACGAAGAUGAAUCCACGGCAAAGAAAUCCCGACGUCAGAUAAAUUCAGAAUCUGAGGAUAACGAGGGCCACAAAACAGGAAGUGAGGGGAGUGCAGAGGAAGAAAACAAGAAAUCUGGAUCUGAGGAUGCGGAGCAAGAGGUUGAAAAAUCACAGCUAAAGAAAAGUGGAAAUCUUAAACGUAAGAGGGAGGGUGAGGACUCUCCAGUAGAGGACGUGAGUGAGUCGGGAGGGUCAGACAGUGAAGGUCCAAAAGACAUCGGGAUAAAGAAAGAGAAUUCUACAAAGAACACGCAAGGCAGCAGCAGUACAAGUCCUGGAAAGAAAACACCACAGAGUGAUGAAGAGAAUGAAACUGACACAGAGAGAAAGUCCGAGAGGAGUGACCAGAUCAACGAGUCCUCAGAUGAUAGUGAAAAAAAAGAAAAAGUCCCAGUGAAAAAGGAAAACAACCAAGACUCAGAUUCAUCGGCACUCACCUCCUUGGACGAUGACCAAGAAACUGGGAGGAAAAAAAAUGACGAUGAUAAGAAAAAGAAGAAAACUGUGAAAAAAGAUGAAAAGACCAGCGGAGAAAAGGAUGAACACAAACAAGUUGUGAGGCUCAAGCGCUACAUUUCUCUCUGUGGUGUGAAGCGGAAUUACAAGAAGCUCCUCGAUGACUGUCACUCUGUGCCCUCCAUGGUGGCUGUUUUGAAGAAGGAGCUGGACGAUCUUGGUGUCCAAGGACAACCAUCUAUUAAAAAAUGCAAAAGUGUCAAAAGGAAGAGAGAGGAGGCUCAGGAAAUAGCUGAUCUUGAUGUCAGCAACAUCAUUUCCACAUCAGGUCGUCCAAAACGCAGAGGAGCCUCAGUGAGGCGGGAAGGUCACGACUCUCCGUCCUCUACGUAUAAGCGCACUCUGAACUCCGCCUCUGAUAGUGGUGAAGAAAACAGAACACACAAGGUGCACAGACGAGCCACAGACUGGACCAACCUGCAGGGGAUCGUCAGUGAUGAUGCAGACAGUGACUGACAAGGGUCACUUCCUGUUCUAAGGACAUUACGCUUUUCUCUGUACAAGUUGGUUUUUGAUCUUUAUGAAUUACUUAGUUAUUGUUUCUUAUUGAGGGGCGACAUGGUGGUGCAGUGGUCACCAGCCUCCCAGCAAGAAUGUUUGCCUUCAUGUGGUCUCCCCGUGUCUGAGUGGGUUUUCUGCAGGUACUCCAGCUUCCUAGCAGAGUCCAAACACAUGCACACUGGUGUUAGGUGAAUUGGAGACUCUUAUUGACUGUUGGUGUAAAUAUGAACAAAUGGUUCUUAUGUCAUGUGAUGCCCCCCCGCCCCCAGUUAAGUGAUGAUGCAUACUUUUUCAUGUUCAUAUAUUUUCAAUUUCUAAUAAAAUAUUUCAAAUGA